UACCACUGAGUCCACUGAUGCCUGACUAGGACCCUCUCUCUGACCCCUUCCACUCCACGGCAUACGAGGAGGUUCCGCAUCGCACGACCGCAUCGGCACCCGCGCCCAACCACCAACGCCGCACCCUCGGUGCCAACAAACGAAGGGACCCAGAUUCUCCGUCUCACAACCCCGAUGCGCAACCACCUCCUCAACCCAGCCACAAGGUAUCUUCACGCAGUUGAGAAUGUUGAACCCGCCAUGUGUAGUAUGCCACCAAACACCCGGCUCAACGCCGAUGCCGUGGAAGGAUGCCAGUACUUCGAAGUCGAGCAUUUCACGGCAGCGCAAUGGCGCUCCAACGAACCCGACGCUCAUGCUCCAUUCCAGCAACGGCGCAGAGCAGCACGGAUCAUUGUUCUCGAACCACAAGCAGAUUGCGUCAACACCCGUGUCCUGGGGGCACGGUUCGAACUUCUUGCCCUCAGUCUAGCUAGUGAAAUUGGUGAGCAAGUGGAAUGCGGCGUGCACGCUCAUGGCGCGCCGCAGAAGAGUACGGCGCUCGCUUUCCUGGAAGCGUCCGUGACGGUAACGUGGAGCGUAGAAGCGUGGCAGGAAUCUUCCGCUGCCAGCAAGUGCAUGUCGAGGCACUCUCCACGAAUGUCUUUGUUUGACAUGGUAAGAGCUAGAUUUGGCGCAUACUCCUGGAAGUCCGCCAGCUCGAUGUCGUUCGGGGUGGUGGCAAGUGUCGGGUGAAAACAGAAAUCGUAGAGAAUGUUGCGAAGUUCCGGCCGGAGAGCCAGGAAGACUGACGUGUUGCGAUUGGUGGUGGUUGAGGCUGCUGCCAUCUCAGCGGUCCUUUCGAUGCUUCCCAAGACCACGUGCGUUGCGUACGGAUAGGAAAGAAGAGAAGAGGUAAGUUAAGAGCAUCUAUAAAAGUGAGAAGAAGCGAGAGGCUUAGUAGAAUCGCUGACAGAGCGCUUUGCUGACUUACCGUGAAUGUGAGGUUGUUGCGAUCGUG